GACUGCGGCUGCACGGCUGGCACUGGAUGCAGGGCGUGUGUUGUGGGGGGGUGGUCGCUGCGAUGCAUCCAUCCGACCAAUUGCUUAAAUAGCACCCCCAAACAUCACCGGUGAACCCAACAAUUAAGACAUUUCGCCCAAAUAGUUAUCGCGACUCUCUUUUGACCGACACCCACACGAACGGGCUAUCGCUGCUUCAAACAUGCUUAAACUAGUCGCUCCUUCUUAGUUCCUUCCACCUGUACUCUAUGCGUAUUUAUUUACCGUCACCAAAGUGAUUUUUAAGAUGGCAGGAUGCUUAUCUGAGCCUCUUUGUCAACCGAGUGUCUACCAUGAGACGUUUAAAGUGGAGCUCCAGGUAAAGAGACCCCUGAUGCCGUUCCACCUGAGUCCAGAGCAGGUGGCUGUGGAGAUGCUGUGUCUCUGCGGGCAGCUGGACCUCCUCAUCAGGGCGCAGAUGCAAGAGUUUCAGGAGCAGUUGAGACAAGGCUGUAGCCCAGAGGAGUCAGACACCUUCCAAACCCAAGGAUCGGAGAUUCUCGACCAGAUGCUGCAGUGCCUUGAACAUCUACCAAAGCCUAUGCCACAACUGGAGGACUACCUGGACAUGGUGGGUUUAUCUGCAAUGUUUCCACGUGUGGAGGUGUUCCUCAUUCAAGGCAGCCCGGUGGACAUGCUGGAGAGGCCACCAAUGGACGAUUAUUUCCCCCACAUUGUCAAACUGAAUCAGCUGCUUGUGCUGAGUCAGCAGCUGGAGGAGGACAUCAGGCACCUGGGAAGUCACAAAUAUAUCGCCCACCAGCUCUCUGUUAUAUACCAAGUAGUCAGUUCCUUCCACGGCAUCGACAUCUUCUCCGAGACAAAGAAGAACAUUGAGGCCAAUUUUAAGGAGAUGAAAGCGUCUCUGGUGGUGGAUAAAGAAGGCUCCAGGCAGGAGCCUCAGCUGGCUGCUCAUUUUAUCCACUGGGUAUUAGACAUUACUCACAAACUGACAUCAGCAGUGUUGUUGCUACCGGAGGAGCUCACUGAUGACCUUGACCAGGCCAUGACCUUCAUGUCCCAGUUUGUGUCUUGAUGUUGCGUUACCACUACCCCAAGUGGACUUAGUUUUUUUAAAGACUCACACGGUGCUACGCCAUUAGACUCGAUGGUGGGUUUGUGAAAUCCAUUAUAAAACUUGUCUGAAUCUUGCACCAAUUGUCUCCUUGUUAAGAAUGUUUUUUAUACCUGUGACAAUAAAUUUAAAUGAACUCA